ACGUUCGCAAAUCCAAACCCAUCCGACAAUAAACUUCAGCAGCAUCUCCUCCUCCUGUCCUGUGUCUUCAACGAUCACUGUAACGAUUUUUUUACUUCUUCGCUCCAAAAAGAGAAUGGCUUUACACUCCACUCUCUCCUCUCCUUCUCCAACUUUACAGCCACCACCACUCUUUUCUUCGACUCAUUCACUCAAGUCUCGAGCUCUGCUCCUCAAUUUGAACUCAUUUACAAAUUCUGCCACUCGCUCUCUCCGCCUCCUCUCCACCCGCCGUCUCUCUCCGGUUACAGCGGCAGUCUCUGCUGCAGAAACCACACGCUCCACUGGAACCGAUUCAGGGGAGAAAAAACCGUUGUUCGAAGUCAAGGACUUGACCGCUGUGAUUGCUGAGUCGAAACAGGAGAUUCCUAAAGGCGUAAACGUUCUGGUUUAUGAAGGCGAGGUUCACGCUAUUGUGGGAAAAAAUGGGUCUGUAACAGGAGGGAGUGUCGUGUUUAAAGGUGAGAACUUGCUUGAUAUGGAGCCAAAAGAAAGGUCACUUGCUGGGCUUUUUAUGAGUUUUCAGUCACCAGUUGAGAUUCCUGGUGCUAACAAUAUUGAUUUUCUUAAUGUGGCUUAUAAUGCACGGAGACGGAAACUUGGUCUGCCUGAACUUGGACCUAUUUGGUUCUAUGCUUAUUUGUUUCCAAAACUUGAGCUUGUGAACAUGAAGAGUGAUUUUCUCAAUAGAAAUGUGAAUGGAGCGGUGGUGAAAGAAAGUUGAAUGAGAUUUCACAACUUGCCGCAAGUUCUGACUUGUCUUGAUGUUUCUAAGUUUUUUUGUUAGAAACAAAUUGGAAUGUAUCAUUAUUUUGAAACUAAUUGCUAAAUGCUCUUCAUUUCUUUUCUUUUUAGAAUAGAUUAGUCAGAAUUAACUAACAGCCUUUGCCUAGUGAAAGAGAAAAUAAAGCAAAAAUCUUCGAACGAGCUAGUAUUAGUUAAUGAAGCUUAAUUCGAUCUUGCAGAUCCAUUUCUGGCAAGAAGGAUUAUGAUGUAAUUUCUCUUAAUGAAGAGGCUUCUCGUUUUUACAAAA